AUGACGGAAUACGCAAAAAUGAAGAACGACGAGCUGUCAGCGCUCCUCAAGGAACGCAAGCUGCCCCACACGGGCAAAAAGGCAGAAAUGGUCGAGCGCUUACAGAAAGAUGACGAAAAGGCAAACGCGAAACCCGCUGCUGGCGCCGAAGACGAGAUUGACUGGGACGAUGACGAUGCCGCUGCCGCUCCUGCGCCCGCUACCUCGACGACGGCAGCACCUGCCGCCGAGGGCGCUAUUCCCAACGAAAAGAUUGUCGAAAAGGCCGGAGGUGAGGGCCAGCCACCAAACCCACAGGCAGUGCCCAACCAAGUAGCCGAUAUCGAUCCCGCCAAGACAGACGACCUAACAUCCAGCGCACCAGCGGAGGGCACAGCCGAGGAGAGUGCAGAGACGAAGCCAGAGGAGAAGAAGGAGCCCGCUCCCGACUACUCAAGAGGCCUCGCCGCAACAAACCUCGACGAGGAGAUUGAAAAGCGCAAGAAGCGCGCCCUCAAGUUUGGCACCAAGCUCGAGGAUGACGAGGGACUCAAGAAGUUGGAGAGGGCGAAGAAAUUUGGCGAAGUCGGCCCGCCCAAGGGUCUCGAUGAGGCCCUCCCAGAGCGCCGCCAAAAGCGCGGGCGUGAAGGUGGUGAGGAUGCUGGCAGCAAUAAGCGUCGCGAGGCAGGCCGUGAUGCAGGCCGUGAUGCAGGCCGCACGGGAGGCCGUGGAGGACGCCGCGAUAACCGGACUCGGGAUGGGCGGGACAACCGUCGCAGCGAGCACAAGACUGGCAGUGGUGAGCCAACAGGCUGGAUGAGCGAGAAGGACAGGGCAGCCGCGGAAGCCAGGAAAGCCAAAUUCGCAAAGCCGGCCGCUUGA